UUUAAUAUUUCUUGAUUCGCGUAGAUGAACUUGUAUUUCUUCUUUUGGUUUGUGGAUAACUGCACUGGAUUCACUGGAUGUCGCAAUGUUGUCGACGCACAGGAUGAGAUCUAUCGUGGCUUGUUUUGUGCUCGUUGUUUUAGUGUGUCUCUGGGACGCGGCAUCAGGGCAGCUCUCUUAUUCUGUUUCAGAGGAGGUGAGUCCGGGAACAUCAGUGGGAAAUAUCGCUAAGGAUCUAAACCUGAAUGUUCAGGAACUGGAGUCGCGCAUGUUUCAGAUUGUCACGGGAUCCAAGAAAAAAUAUUUUGAGGUAAAUCUAAAAACUGGGUUUUUAUAUGUAAACGAAAGAAUAGACAGAGAGGAGCUUUGUGGCAAAGCGCCUAAAUGUACAGUCAGUGUAGAAGCGGUUAUCAACAAUCCGUUGAAGCUUUAUCAGAUAGAAAUUAAUAUUGUGGAUGUAAACGAUAAUAAACCAACAUUUAGUGCUAAAACUCAAUAUUUGGAUGUCGCUGAGAACACUUUACCCGGCGUUAAAUUUCCUCUUUCUUAUGCGUCUGAUGCGGAUGUAGGAAAAAACGCAGUGAGCACCUAUAAACUAAGCCAAAAUGAAUAUUUUUCGUUAGCUGUGCACAAAGGAGAAGAGCGGAGCAUCUCCGCUGAGCUAGUUCUGCAGAAAGCUUUAGACCGUGAAAAACAGCCUCUAGUCCAGCUUAUACUGACCGCUGCAGAUGGAGGAAAUCCGCCGAAAUCAGGCACGUCUCAGAUAAAUAUUAGAGUUUUAGAUAAUAAUGAUAACGCUCCUGAAUUCAGUCGCCCUUUAUAUAAAGCUAGUCUUGUUGAAAACGUGCCUAUUGGUAGCACUGUAAUAAUUAUAAAUGCAACCGACAAAGAUGAGGGUACCAAUAGCGAUAUCAUUUAUUCACUUCGAGAGACAGAUCAAGAUCAUAUUUUAGAUAUUUUUCAUAUUGAUGCGAUUACGGGUGCAAUCACAGUCAAGGGUGAUGUAAACUUCGAGAAAAACAAUGCAUUUGAGAUCCGCGCACAGGCCAGUGACAAAGGACAGCCUCCAAUGUCCACGCAUUGUAAAGUCCUGGUGGAGGUGCUGGAUAUUAAUGACAAUGAGCCAGAGAUUACCGUGACGUCACUACUCAGUACAGUGAAGGAGGACGCCAGUAUAGGCACUGCUGUUGCUCUGGUCUCAGUGAUCGACAGGGAUGGUGGAAAAAACGGUGUGGUGAAUUGUGCUGUGUCAAAUAAUGUACCUUUUAAACUUCAGACAAACUAUAAAAAUUAUUAUUCUCUAGUAGUAGAUGGACUUCUAGACAGAGAGCGCGCUUCUGAGUAUAAUGUGACAAUCAGCGCUACUGAUGAAGGGACUCCGCCUCUCUCUAGCACCAGUGUCAUUGCUGUACACGUUUCUGAUGUCAAUGACAACGCGCCGCGCUUUCCAGAGCCCGUCAUUAAUGUUUAUGUGAAAGAGAACAGUCAGAUUGGAGCUGUUAUUCAUACAGUAUCUGCUGUUGAUCCUGAUGUAGGUGAUAAUGCCAGAAUAACAUAUUCUUUACUAGAAAGCUCUAAAAGCGGCCCGGUAACAUCCAUGAUCAACAUAAACUCUGACACUGGAGAUCUCCACAGUUUACAGUCGUUUAACUAUGAGGAGAUCAAAACAUUUGAGUUUAAAGUUCAGGCCACAGACUCUGGUGUUCCUCCGCUCAGCAGUAACGUGACUGUAAAUGUUUUUGUCCUGGAUGAGAAUGACAACAGUCCCGCGAUUCUCGCGCCCUAUUCCGAGCUCGGUUCCGUUAACAACGAGAACAUUCCCUAUUCUGCUGACGCGGGCUACUUUGUGGCCAAGAUCAGGGCUGUAGAUGCAGAUUCUGGUUACAAUGCGCUGUUGUCCUACCACAUCUCUGAGCCCAAAGGAAACAAUCUGUUCCGAAUCGGAACCAGCAGCGGGGAGAUCAGGACUAAGAGGAGAAUGAGUGACAAUGACCUGAAAACUCACCCGCUGGUCAUUUUGGUUUCUGAUAACGGAGAGCCCUCACUGUCAGCGACUGUGUCUAUUGAUGCUGUGGUUGUUGAAAGCGGAAGUGACGUCAAGACUCCAUUCAGACACGCGCCGGUAAAGGAGGAGAGUUUCUCGGAUUUAAAUCUGUAUCUGCUGAUCGCCAUUGUGAGUGUGUCCGUCAUCUUUUUACUGAGCCUCAUCAGUUUGAUAGCUGUAAAAUGCCACAGGACAGACAGCAGUUUGGGCAGGUACAGCGCCCCGAUGAUCACCACACACCCUGACGGGAGCUGGUCUUACUCCAAAUCUACUCAGCAGUAUGACGUGUGUUUUAGCUCAGACACACUGAAGAGUGACGUAGUGGUUUUCCCUGCGCCAUUUCCGCCUGCAGAUGCAGAACUGAUCAGUAUUAAUGGAGGAGACACUUUUACCAGAACACAAACACUGCCUAAUAAAGAGAAGGUAAGCCAUUUAGAGCCUCUCCUAAUUUGCUAA